CAUGUCUUUUGGACUUGGGGAGGAAGUAAGAGUACCGGGAGGAAACCCACGCAGGCACAGGGAGAAUACGCAAAAUCCACGCAGUGUGUGUGAAGAGAUGAUCAGCUGUGGCCAGUAGGGGUGCUAUUGUCACCGCUUCGCCCAUGAAGCCAAAUAAGGAAAUGACGUCCUCCAUGAGGAGCUAUGGUCUCAAAUAGGAAACUGGAGCACAGACACCGGGACCGGGUAUAUGAGAGGUAGAGGGGGGGUGUCGGAGCUGGUGCUGACACAACACGAGCAACUAUACCUUUGGGAAACACCCCUUAAGCUUAAGCUUAAGAUGAUACAUAAGAUGGAUUCUUUACUAUCAUCCUAGCCUGAAGAUGCUUUCGGAAAACAGGACCCCGGCUCAUCCAUUCAUGGACAUGAUGUGCCUCCGAGAGUAUUAUGCUCCCAGUCAUAGAUGGGUGACAUAGCACAAGAUGAGGCGAACUUCUACUCCCAUGCUGAGGACUACUGGAAGGAGGUUUCCCCCACAGUGGACGGCAUGCUGGGAGGUUACGGCAGCAUCUCCAGUAUUGAUAUCAAUGGAUCCAAGGCAUUCCUGCACAAGUUCCUCGGUGACGGGGAGGGGAAGACGGGUACGGGCUGUGCUCUGGACUGUGGAGCAGGCAUCGGGAGGAUCACCAAGCGUUUGCUGCUGCCUCUGUUCAGCACUGUGGACCUGGUUGACGUGACACAGGAAUUCUUGGACAAAGCCAAGCCUUACCUGGGAGAGGAGGGCAAGAGAGUGGGGAACUACUUCUGCAGCGGCCUGCAAGACUUUGUACCGGAGAGUGAACGCUAUGAUGUCAUCUGGAUCCAGUGGGUCAUUGGCCACCUGACAGACGACCACCUGGUGGAGUUCUUGCGACGCUGCCAGAGAGCCCUGCGGCCCAACGGCCUCAUUAUCAUCAAGGACAAUGUGUCGUAUGAGGGCGUGGUUCCUGAUGAGGUGGACAGCAGCGUCUGCCGCGAUCUGGAAAUAGUUCGCAGUCUGGUGGGCAGAGCGGGCCUUCGCAUCGUCCAUGAGGAGCAACAAAUGAACUUCCCUAAGGAGAUCUACCAAGUCCACACGCUGGCUCUGAGAUAGAGGACUGUUCCCUCCAUGUGACAGGAAGAAGGGCAGCCUUGUAUACAAAGUUUUUCUAAUGUGGAAAUGGUGUUUCUCGAGUCAGCAAUCAAAUCGUAAUCUGUUUGGAAGUGAUCCGCAGUAUGAUGUGUUUGUGGAGCGUGUCUGUUGCUAACUGCAAACGUUAGUGCCCUGCCCAGUGCUUAUUUCAGAGUAAUCUUUUCUGGGAUUCCAGGUCAAAUUACACCUCUUUCUUGUGAAUAGUCACUCCAUCUCCCAUUCAAGUUGAACAUAUUUGAGUAUGUUUUUCCCCUUAUUGUGUGAUCUCCAGCAAGCUUACAGGUCAGAGGUCACGUUGGUCCAACUAUGGCUGUGUGGAUUUACUGUAGUGUUGUUUCAUCAACAUACAACAAACUGCAGCAUCACUCUUACAGACUGUUUAGAGUUUAUUCAACAUUUAUUAAUACCCACAGUGGAACUAUGACAUUGCAUCCUUUACAGGAGGAGUGCAAGAGGAGAGCUGAGUGCAGGGCACUUUCAUUGAAUAGAAGACUAAUGUGACUGUACCCUUACCCCAUUGUCAACGGGGUGUGGAGUCUGUUGCGUUGAUGUCUAGUUCGACUCUCUACUCUAAGUAUUUGAGAAGGGGAACAUCUUUAAGCAGUCUGUUCUGUGGCAGACAAAUUUACAAUAUUAAAAGUUGUUUUGCGUUUGCAUUUUUGAUGUAAUGCAUAAUGAAAACACACUUGCAGCUUGUUUAUUAUCAGUGUGGUAACAAAUACUGAUUUAAUUACUAUAAUACCACAUGCUGUCUCAUCGUUCUGUUCUGACUGCAUUUCCUUAAUAGUGUAUGUUAGCAGAAGGAAAACCGUAGUAGAGCUUAUGAGAUGCGUGACACUCUAGUCAUGAAUCCAGCAUUGGCACACCAGCUAGAAUGUUGGUGGAGCAACGACACAGUCGCAUCCAGUGGACACUGGGAGUUAGAGUGAUAGUAGCAGUGAAUGGGGGAGUAAGUGGACUUUUACCUCAGGGAAGCUCAACGAUAAAGGAAACAAACAAUGAAAUUGAGACAGUGUAGUGCGUUUUCCUUUUCUCCAGUUCUCAAAUUCCACUGUCUGACAAUAUCAUAUUCAUAGUCUAUAUCUGUUUUGUUCUGGGAAACCCAGGAAGCUUUAUUUUAUGCCUGCACUGGUUUGUCAAAUGGACAUAUUUUAAAUUAUUUUACAUCAUCUUAUCUUAACAUUGCCUCAAAUUUAGUCUGGUAUUCCACAACAGGAGUUGGAAAAGAUUGAGAUACCUGUGGAUCUAGCAGAGAAUUUGAAACAGCCAGGUUCAGACAGACAUGUUUUUGGUAACGUAAUUACAGACUUCAUCUUCCUAUUGGCAGCUACAGACUUUCACACUUUUUAGACAAGUAGCUAUAGUGUGAGGGCUUUAGACAAAAUUUUAGACCCAGUCUGACACCUAUUUUACGUGAAAUUUCACAUUAACCGUAAAUUGAUCCUCAUUGGAUUGUUUUUCAUUUUAAGUAAGACAGUACUGAAUUCUCACAGCAGUCUGGUGUAGUUUACAGAUUAAUAGUUAAUUAUGACAUUAUUUAUACAAAUAGUCACAAUUAUAUCUCACACAUUGUUUGCUGCUGCACCUCUGGUCCAUUACACUGUGUGUGUCAACUGGUUACGUUUACAGCUACCUUUAGGUAAUGCAUUUUCCUUUGUUAUGUAGUAUAUUUUACAUUUUCAUUUUCUACUAGGCAGUCUGGCAUUUGUAAACCAGUGACACACAAACAGACUGUGUCUAUCAUGCUUAGUAAGUGCAAUAAAUACUUAGUUGCAAAUAUAAGCCUUGGUCCCUAAGGUCCAAUCAGAACACAACAAUAGAGUGCAGUACUUAAUUAAUUUCUCUAAUGGCAUCAUUAAUGCAAACUGACUUGGUAAACCCCACUGGAACUGGACCCUCUAUGGGAAGAGAUGAUUUUUGAUUUUACUUUAAACUUAAAAGUGUAACUAUGUAACUUUAGGAAGAAGAGAUAACAAUCUUCCCUUUACAUGAGAUGUUGAUUUUAUAAGCAAUAAAACACACCUUUGCUCAAUUCAGUUCGACCUUGAGUUUUGAAGCUACAGGAUACUUGGUCUGGUAUGAUCAGUAGCUUCUGAUCACACUGGUGGCUAAUGUUAG